AUCACCGCGCAUAAAUCCCAAGGACAAACAAUGCAGAAAGUGAUUGUCGAUCUUGGUAACAAAUGGUGCCGAGGAACUGAAAAACCUUAUGUUAUGGUCUCGCGCGCCACUUCUCUACAAAGCUUAUUCAUUCUACGUCCAUUCUCUUAUAACACAAUCUGCUCUCACCCUUCUGAAGAUGUCCGACGAGAAAUGGUUCGUCUAGAUAUACUCAAUCUCAAUACA